AUGCCAACCGCUCUCCUACCACCUCUCGUCGCCCUCUCUUGUGUCGCCAUCUCACUAAGCGCCACACUCGUCAUCCUAAAACACCUAGAUUCCGCGCGGAAACCCGGAUUCUACGCCGUCCUCGGCGCCACCGGCUCUUUUGUCCUCGUUCUAGGCAUCACGGGGUGCGCAGUGCGCUGGAUGUUGGGGCCUCGGAAUAUGGUUUUUCGUGAAGAUACAAAUGACGAGGGGAAGGACGCCGGAUCGGACAAGGAUGGUGAGCCAAAGGCUUGGGACGUGGAUCGAGAGGAUACUGGAGAUAUUAUUGAGCUUCCUGAGACGGGUGACGAUGAGGAGUAUGAGGAUUUGCCAGGAUCGGGCGAGGAUAGAAGGAAGAAGAACACCAAGAAACAGAAGGGGAUGGUGAAGUGGAUCAAGGCGGUUGAGCAGAUGAAGAGGAGGAGGGAGUUGUUUAAUAAGAAGGAUUGAUGACGCUAAGGGUAUUUGGUUUGAGGGGAAAUGCAUGACUGGAGGGUGUCGCGGUGUGAUAGAUGAGGUUAUGCUCCAAGAUAAAUCAUAUUGAUUGGAGCAUUCCGAGUAUUGAAUGGAGUAGAUAUAACAAG